AUGAUUCAAUUUAAUUGUGAUGGUUCACUUUCGACAACUACGAAAUGGACAAUAAAGAAUUGCACGUCAACUAGUUGUUCAGUUGAAAUUCUAUCAAGUGAAAAAGUUAAGACAACAUUUAGUGAACUUUAUAUUCCAUCAAGAACUCUUGAUUAUGGUGUCUAUCAACUAACAUUGACUGUGACAAUGAUUGAUUCACCGAAUUUAAAAUCAUCAUCUUCAGCUUAUGUAAGAAUAACUGCAACAGGUAUAACAGCAAAUCUUGUUCAAUUAGGAACAUCUAUGGUAACACGAGGUGAUCAACAGGAUCUUUUACUUGAUCCUGGAACAUUUUCGGUUGAUCCUGAUGAAGAUACAUUUGAUGCAACUAAAUGGAAAUAUACAUAUUAUUGUCGAAUUUAUGGUUUAUAUAAUUUCCCAAAUAUACAAGGAAUAUUAUUAUCAAUUGAUGAUUCAACAGUUGAUCCUUAUAAUCCAUCAUGUUUGUCCAGUCGAUCAGGAAAUGGAACAGGAUUGAUAUUUGGAAAUUUAAGUUUAUCACCUAAUUCAUCUCUAACAGUUCUUGGCGGUUCACUUCAAUCAAAUCAAAUCUACCAAUUUAUGGUUUAUAUGGAAAAUCGUAAGAAUGCUUCUAUUCAAGCAACAGGUUAUGUUCUUAUUACAGUUGAAAUUACUCAUCCGCAACUGAUUGCUGUUGGUUGUGUAAUAUCACCAAUGUGUGUUCCAAAUCUUGAAUUUCAACUUCUUAAUCCAACAACACAAGUUGCUCUAUUUACUAUUUGUAUUGGAACUUGUACAAAUCUUCAAAAUAUUAAAUGGAAUAUUUAUCAAGGAUCGGACAAUUCAACAACUUCAAAUUCUACUCAAUGGACUUUAUUUAAUCAAACAAGUUCAUAUGAAAAUAUUUGGUUUUUUGGUACAAAUACAAGUAAUUUCACAGCAACAGAUCAAUUAUUUCUUAAUAAUCUUCAAAUAAGUCUUUGGCGUUUUGAAGUUGUUUAUACAUUCCAAUCCGCAAUAAGUACAAGUGCAUUGAAUUUUAUUAUUAAUCAACCGCCUUCAAAUGGUUCAUGUUCAAUUAAUCCUCUUAAUGGUACUAUAACUACUUUAUUUACUAUUGAGUGUCCAAAUUGGUAUGAUGUAGAUGGAAUACAAGAUUAUUCAUUAUAUGCAUGGACAACAGACAUAUCACAACGAACAAUAAUUGCAUUUUCAUCAGAAUAUAAUUUUCAAGUUCGAUUACCAACUGGUGAUAAUGAAACUUCAUUACUUAAUCUUGUUGUUUACGUUCGAGAUCUUGCGGGUUCUGUUACACAAGUGAAUAUAUCUUCUGUUAAUGUUAUUGCAGAUUUGACAAUAAUCAAUGAUUUAAUUGAUAAAAUAACAAAUUCAUCGAGUACAAUAACAAAUAAUCCAAUUGUUCGUUUACUUUCAAGUGGAAAUCAAAAUGUUGUUGGACAAAUGAUCAUUGCAUUAUCACAAGAAUUCAAUCAAAUGAAUAAUGAAAAUUUAGAUAAAGCUAUAUCAAAUGGAAUAUCAGCUGUAGAUAUUUCAGUAUCAUUAUUAGGAAGACAAAAUUUACAACAAACUUCAAUACCAUUGAAUGAAUCAGCUUUGAUUGAUUAUAAUAUAGAAUUAAAUUCUCUGGCAAAUGUUCGAGAUUAUCUAGUACCAUUUAUAACUAAUCUUCUUAUAACAACAUCAAAUAGUAUCAUAUUACAAUCAUCAUCAUUAGUUCAAUUAACCCAAGCAACAAAUCAAUUAACACGAAAUACUUUAAUGUUUGUAUCAAAUAGAUGUUAUGAAUUAUCUGCUGCAUUAUAUGCAAUGUUUGAAAAAAUCUCAUAUGAAGAUGCUCAAUCAGCAUCAAAUCAACUUUUUCAAUGUGCUUCAAAUAUUUUAAAUGCUGUGAAUGGACCAUUACAAGGACGAACAAGUACACUUGACUUAGAUUAUUCUCGUGCAAAUAUGGUACCAACUGAUUAUAAUACUGAUCUUGAAUCUGCAUGGUCAAAUUUAAAUUUAUUUUCUGGUGGAAAUGAUUUUUCUACUGAAACAAUUGAAAGAAAUCGAAAUAUUUAUUAUCAAAAACAAUUAGCAAAUCAAAUCAAUAGUCAAGUAACACAAAUGAUAUCAUUAUUAACUUCUUCAUUAAAUAUUCAUUUAAAUAUUGGUCAAAAGUCAAUAAUUAACACAUCUCAAUCAUUUGUAUCAUUAGAAACUAUAUCAAUUCAAUCACUCAAAGAUAAACUUGUGAAACAAGUUGAAAAUGCUCAAUUUAAUAUUCCAUCCAGUUUUAUUUUAAACUCAACGUCUAAUUCUUCAAUUUCACUUCGAUCAAGAGUAGAUCCACUUGCUUCAUUUGGAAAUUUCCAAAAUACGAAUCUUUCAAGAUCAACUUCACUUUCAAUUAUCGAUCAAAAUGGAAAUGAAGUUUCGUUUCAAGCCAAUGGAAAUAAUUCAAUAAAACUAAUAAUUCCUCGUGAUCCAAAUCUAGUAAUUCCAUCAAUGUAUUUACAAACUGUUACAUCAAUUAAUUCAACUAUUAAUAAUUUAUUAUUUAAUUAUCAUUAUAUUAAUAUAACAAGUUCACUUCCUAUUUCAAUUCAUUUUGAAAUUCAUUCUUUAAAUACAAAUUUAAGUUAUUUAUUUAUUUAUAAGUUCGAUCAAACACCACUAUUAAAUAGUUCAAUUAAUAUUAUUGAUGGAUGGACACUAUUUUGUCCUUUUAAUUUAACCAAUGAUGAUAUAUAUCGAUAUUUUAUUGAUAAUCAACAAACACCUGGUCAUCAAUCAUUAAUUUUUGGAAUACGAGAAUUAAAUUCAACAGAAAUAAAUAAUUAUUGUUUAAAUAGUUCUUCAAUAAACACGUCUUUACCAAUUACCAGUGAACCAUUUAAUUUUACAUCAAAUUAUGAACUUCGUAUAUAUACAUCAGGUUGUUAUUAUCUUGAUGAAAAUAAUAAUUGGAAAUCAGAUGGAUUAAUUGUUGGAUCGUUGACAAAUCAUUAUGAAACAGAAUGUUUAUCAACUCAUUUAACAUCAUUUGCUGGUGGUUUUAUUGUUCUACCAGAACCAAUUAAUUGGAGUUAUGUUUUUGCAAAUGCUGAUUUUCUAAAAAAUAAAACAAUUUAUUUAACAGUUAUUUGUAUAUCUAUUGCUUAUAUUAUUUUGAUGAUUUUUGGACGUUUUAAAGAUAGAAAAGAUAUUGAAAAAUUAGGAGUAACACCAUUACCUGAUAAUGAUAAAUCUGAUCAAUAUUAUUAUCAAAUUCUUGUUUUUACUGGUCAACGAGCAAAUUCUGGAACACAAUCAAAAGUUCAUUUUAUUCUCUCGAGUGAUAAUGAUGAAACGCGUGUUCGAACAUUCUCAGAUCCUCAUCGAAAAAUACUUCAACGUGGUGGAAUUGAUUCAUUUAUUAUGAGUGUUCCAAAUAAUUUAUCUUUACUUCAUCAAUUACAAUGGAUUGAUUCUAAGACAAGAGCUGUUAUUAUUCAAUUAACUUUAUAUAAUCCAAAUGUUGCAUUGUUUACUUCAGUUACUUUUCUGCUCGAAUUUUUAUCUGCAAGUGGAAUUCAUUCAUCCGCUCGUUUUGAACCACUUAAUUUCUAUGUAUUUACAUCAUUAACACAAUUGAUUUGUACAAUUAUUUAUAUAUGUUUUAUUAUUUAUUUUCUUAUUAUUGAAAUAAAAUUAUUAAUUAAACUAAAAUUAGAAUAUUUUUAUGAAUUUUGGUCAGUAAUUCAAAUUGGUAUAAUAAGUUGUUCGAUUACAAGUAUUAUUAUUUAUAUUUGGCGUUUUAAAGAAUAUAAUCGCUUAAGUUCACUUUUUCGCGAAACAAAUGGUUAUGUUUAUAUUAAUUUACAAAUGAUAGUUUAUGUUGAUGAUGUUUUAACAUCUCUUCUUGGUUUUUGUUGUUUUUUUGGAACAAUUAAAUUUAUUAAAUUUAUUCGGUUUAAUAAAUCAUUAAGAAUAUUUGUUCAAACACUUAAAUAUGUUACAAAAGACAUUAUUUCAUUUUCAUUUAUGUUUUCAAUUGUAUUUAUGUCUUUUCUUUCAUUAUUUUAUUUAUUAUUUACUUCAAGCAUUGCAUCAUGUUCAAGUUUAUUAUCAACAGCUCAAAUGUUAUUUGAAAUAACAUUAAUGAGUUUUGAUGCAACUGAUUUUACUGGAGCUGAUCCAUUUCUGGGUCCAUUUUGUUUUUCAGUCUUUAUUAUUAUUGUUGUUUUUAUAUGUUUAAGUAUGUUUAUUUCAAUACUUAAUGAUGGUUUUCAUCAUGUUGAAGAAACUCCAAUUGAAGAUCAACAAAUUUUAUCAUAUAUGUUAAAGAAAUUUUUAAAUUGGACACAUUUGCGAAGACCAAAUGUUGAAGAACUUUAUGAAAUACAAGACUCUCGAAUGCGUUCUCAAUAUGUUGAUCCAAUUGAAAAUUUUCCUGAUAAAAUUGAUCAAUUAUUAGAAGCAAUCGAUCGAAUUUAUAUCGAUCAAAAAAAAGAAUUAUUAAAAUUAAAAAGAGCUGGAGUUUAA